GUAGGUCUCCACCUUCGUCGACCGCCGGCACCCUCUUCCAUGGACUUUUCGCCCCAAUUAAUUUCGGCCGGUCGGCGACGACCACUUCUCGCGGUGCUGGUGCCGAUGGGAGGCAUGAUUUAGUGAAUGAAUUGAUGCUUGCGCGUCCUGUGCUUGUCAUUCCAGCGAUAUGCCAGUGGCGUUCUCACGACCGAGUCAUCUGCACCUCACCUCUCCCUCGUUAAAUUUGUAGCUCUUCCCAAUCAACCGAUAUAUCUCUCCAGCUCUCAUCUCAAUCAAGUGUGGUUCUUGUUCUUCCUCAUCUCCACCGAAACUCCCUUGCUCUCAUCUCCGUCCCCUCCAACCUCCACCGAGCGCUGCCUUGUUGGUGAUCUAUUCUCAUCCAACCUCCACUGACUGCUCGGCCCUGCCAACUCACCGCCAGAGACCUUGGACACCCGUGGGAUCGAGUGAAGCGACCUCCACGGAGAGAGAGAGAGAGAGAAACCGCCGCGGCCGCUGUGUUGUCCCUCCAUACCCAGAUCGAUCAGGUGCGGUGACCCUCACGCCUCUGGUGCGCCGUCGCUGUGUUCUGGAACGCCGUGAAGCAUCAAGGUAGGCUUGGUCCAGAUCCCACAGUUUGGAUUGGCAACUCGGUUCUAGAGCUCGUUGAAAUUAAAGCUUCACACUUUUUCCAUUGGAUUACAGCUCCCGUUAAUUAUACUAAGCUUUAAUUUGGCACCUCAGUUCUAGAACACGUUCAAGACCUUAUUCAUCGGAUUGAUCUAGAGAGCUCGUCCUCCUGCUAUCAUGAAUAUUGUCACGGGGGCCAUGGGCAGCCUUAUCCCCAAGCUGGGUAAGCUGCUCAUGGAUGAAUACAAUCUGCACAAGAGCAUCAAGAAAGAUGUUGAGUUCCUCCGGAAGGAGCUUGAGGGCAUGCACGCUGCUCUGGCCAAGGUUGGUGAGGUGCCACGUGACCAGCUCGACAAGCAAGUCAAGCUCUGGGCCGAUGAGGUCAGAGACAUCUCAUACGACAUGGAGGAUGUCGUCGACAAGUUCCUCGUACGUGUCGACUGCAUUGAGCCUCACGACAACACCAACAGAUUCAACGGGCUCAUGAAGAAGAUGGCCGACUUGUUCAAGAAAGGCAAGAAUCACCAUCAGAUAGCUGACGCCAUCAAGGAAAUCAAGGAGCAACUCCAUGAGGUGGCUGCUAGGCGUGACAGGAACAAGGUCGAUGGUAUUGCUCCUAAUCCCACAACAGUUGCUAUUGAUCCUCGUCUUCGGGCUUUGUACACAGAUGCCACAGAGCUGGUUGGAAUUUAUGGGAAGAGGGAUCAAGGCCUCUUGAGGUUGCUCUCCAUCGAGGACGGCGAUGCAUCUAGCAAGAGGCUGAAGAAGAUCUCCAUUGUUGGAUUUGGAGGGUUGGGAAAGACCACUCUUGCUAGAGCAGUAUACGAGAAGAUCAAAUGUGAUUUUGCUUGCAAGGCAUUUGUUUCCAUCGGUCGGAACCCUGACAUCAAGAAGAUUUUUAGGGAUAUUCUUGUUGAUCUUGACAACUCUAUCUCAAAUCUUGCAAUAUUGGAUGAAAGACAGCUUAUCAACAAGCUUCUUGAAGUCCUCGACAACAAGAGGAUGGAAGCAUGGCGCAUACGUACGAUGCAGCAUCUACUAGCAAAAACAUGCAGUACCCCAGGUCGCUCCCGCGGGUGGCCCGGGAGCGAACCCUAGCCGCCGCCAGCGCAGGCCCCUCCGGCCCCUCCUUCCCUCGCCGCCGCCGGCGGACGUUGCCGGGCGAAGCCCGCGCGGCUCGGCGGCGGCGGGGCCCUUCCCUCCUCCAGCUCGAGCAGGGGCGGCGCGGGCCGUUCGUUCGGGCGGGGACUCGGCGCGGCGCUCGCGCGGGUGCGCGCACCGGCGAGGGUUGCCGUGUUCGGGAUGGCGUGGCGAGGGCGCGCAAGGCGCGGCGCGGGCGCGUUCGGUCUUCGGCGGCGUAGAUCGGACGCUGGAUCGGGAAUCGCAUUGGCGGCGCCCGAUCCAGAUCUGAAGGCUUCCGUCUACUUCAACCAGGGCUGCCUCCGAUGGUCCUGCUUUCGGCGGCCUUUGUCGUCGGAGUUGUACCGGUUUGGCGGCUGGAGGUGGGAGGUGGCUCCGGAGAAAUCCGAGGCCAGCAGUGCUGGUCACGACGGCGGCGACGCCCGAGGGCGCCGUACCCUUCUUGGAGGCGCCGUCCAGAUUGCCUCCUUCCCCUCUUCCUUACACCCAGCUCGUAUGCCGGGCGAAAGCCCAAAUCCAUGCCGGAUUGAGCGACAGCGGCGCUCCGGGCGUCGUCACCUUCUUGGGGGUGUCGUUCUUGGUGAGCUUGGGGUGGAUGUGAUGCUUUGGUUGCUUGGCGGCGGAUUGGUCUUCAGAAGCCCUGCCGGUCUCGGCGGAGCGGUGCUUCAUCCUACUCAUGGAUGGCGGCGUAUCUCGGCGGCGUGGCGCAGUGGAGAUUCGGCGUCCGAUGUGUGGCGAUGGACUCGCGCAGGAGGACGAAGCUGUCUGGUGUCGUGGUGACGUCGAUAGUUGAGUGGCCAGACAAGGUAGAAGCCUCAAUUUGAUCUGAAGACGGACCUGUGGAAGAUGGCGGCGACGA